AACAUCUGUCUGAAAAGUUGGAUUGUUACACAGCUCAAAUAAGUUUAAACUUGAUUGCAAAUGUUCCUAGAUCCCACCCAUACAUAAGCAAGAACAGAUCAAAUUCCUGGGGAGGAGAGAAAAAACAAGGGCAAAGCUGGAAGGCCCUCUCUUAAAUAGGGCUGUGUGAUGAUUCAGGAGAAAGAGUGGGCAGGCAAUGCCUAAUGCAAUGCUUUGAAGUGCAUGCUUGUCUCACUUCCGUUUGCAGAAUUCAUUGUAAUUAUUACUGAAAACUGCUUACUAAAAGGAGAUGGAUUGGAUUGGACCUGUUUUAAUAUUAUUACUAUGUCUUCUUGCCAUUGCAUCCCUUUUGAAAAAGGGCAGUUCCUGGAAUAACAGCUCCCCAAAUCUUCCCCCGGGACCCAGGACCAUACCCAUUCUGGGAAAUCUGCACAGGAUGGAUCUGAAGAGGCCUUACAGAACAAUGAUACAGCUGUCAAAAGAAUACGGUCCUGUCUUCCGUCUCAAACUGGGAUUCCAGGAAAUGGUGGUGCUGACUGGCUAUGAGACGGUCAAAGAGGCUCUAGUGGACCAGGCAGAUGCUUUUGCAGGGAGGCCCUUCGUCCCAAUAUUUGAUGAUCUAUCAAAAGGCUUUGGCAUUAUUUUUGCUCAUGGUGAGAACUGGAAAGUGAUGCGACGGUUUACAUUAUCCACAUUACGGGACUACGGAAUGGGCAGGAGGACCAUUGAGGACAAAAUCAUUGAAGAGUGUAGUGUCUUAACAAAAACAGUUAAGACCUAUGCAGGAAAACCAUUUGAGGUCACAACAGUUAUGACAGCUGCUGUUUCCAACAUCAUAGUUUCUAUUCUUCUUGGGAAGCGCUAUGACUAUGAAGAUGCCACAUUUCUACGACUACUGAAGCUAAUGAGGGAAAAUAUUCAGCUUUCAGGAAGCCCAAAUAUAUCGCUAUAUAACAUGUUUCCAUUGCUGGGGUUCCUACUGGGUUCUCAUAAAAAAGUAAUGAAUAACAGAAAGGAGUUCCGUGCUUUCAUCCAGGCCACCUUCAUAGAAUAUCUCAAAGAUCUUGAUGAAAAUGACCAGAGGAGCUUUAUCGAUUCAUUUCUAGUUCGGCAAAGAGAGGAGAAUAAGAAGGUAACUAAUGGAUAUUUCCAUAAUGAAAAUCUUAAAGCUGUGGUGGCAAACUUAUUUGCUGCCGGUACAGAAACGAGUUCAAACACUCUGCGCUGGGCCAUCCUCCUGAUGAUGAAGUACCCGGAAAUCCAAAGUAAAGUCCAAGAAGAAAUUGCAAAAGAGAUUGGGGUUUGUCAGCCACGGAUGGAAGACCGAGCCAAAAUGCCUUACACCGAUGCGGUGAUUCAUGAAGUUCAAAGGUUUGCUGAUAUUGUUCCAACCAAUUUGCCACAUGCAACCACCAUGGACGUAACUUUCAAAGGCUUCUUCAUUCCCAAGGGCAUGCAGAUUGUUCCCCUGCUAUCAUCGGUGCUCCAUGAUGAAUCUCAGUGGGAGAAACCUCAGGAAUUCUAUCCUGAGCAUUUCCUUGAUGCUGAAGGGAAAUUUGUGAAAAAAGAAGCAUUCCUGCCUUUCUCCGCAGGUCGGAGAGUAUGCGCUGGUGAGACCCUUGCCAAAAUGGAGCUCUUCCUCUUCUUUGCCAGGCUCCUGCAGAGAUUUACCUUCCAGCCACCCCCUGGAACAUCUAAAGAUGACCUGGACCUGACCCCUGCGGUUGGGCUUACAAGCCCUCCUAUGACCUACAGGACCUGUGCCAUGCCACGUUCAUAAGACACAAGACAUUCAUAACAGACCAUUUCUCAGCCUUGGACAAGGAGAUUCUGUAUGGUCUUGGCUUAAUAGGUUGAUUGAAACUGAACUGUAGUGAUUUGCAUGCACAUAAAUCUAGAUUCUGAGAAUGAAAAAAGGAGGGAAGUCAUGACGUGUGAAGUACUUUGUACUCUUACUACUGAUUUAUUUUCUUUUUGAGCCAUUUGUUUCCUUUUAUCUUUUACUAUUUUUUCGCCCCCUCAAUUUUCUUUUCUUUUUCUUUUUUUCUUUUAAUUAUUUCCAUUCAUUUUUAAGCAAUAUAGAUUUUUCUACAAUAGUUCGACAUACAUAUAAAGGAGAGCCAGUUUAGUCUAGUGGUCAAGGUGCUGGGCUAGAAACCAGAAGACCGAGAGUUCUAGUCCCACCUCAGGCAUGAAAGCCAGCUGGGUGACCUUGGGCCAGUCAUGCUCUCUCAGCCCAGCUCAUCUCACAGGGUUGCUGUUGUGGGGAAAAUAGGAGAAGGAAGGCAUAUUAGGUAUGUUCACCACCUUGGGUUAUUUAUAAAAAUAAUAAAGGGGGGUAGAAAAUAAAUAAAUAAAUAAAUAAAUAAUGUAUUUGUUCAUUACAAGUUACCAGUGUUGUUGUUUUAACAAGAACAACAACAGAAAAAGUCCAGAUUCUAGACUGCUUAGCCUCCAGAUUUCUACCUGUAUUGUCUCUUCAUCAAGCAUAAAUUGGCAUAGUCUUUAAGUCGAAUUGGCCACGUAUGCUUUCUCCUAAAACAUACGGGAUCCACGUGUUGAAAUGAGAGAUAGACUAAAAUAAAUACUAGAUUUCUGCCCUUGUGCAGAAAGAAUAAUUAACCAAAUUGAUUUCUUGUACCAAUAAAAAUGCACGAUGGCACAGAA